AUGGCCCUGGCACUCCUUCUUCAGCUGCUGACCUGGCCUCUGUGUCACACAGACUUCACUCCGUCUGCCUCCUACUCCAAGCCACGGCUGGAGGCUCAGCCAGCUGCAAUUGUAACCCCCGGGGUCAACGUAACCUUGAGGUGCAGCGCACCUCAACCCGCCGGGAGGUUUGCACUCUUCAAGUCUGCAGAGGUCAACCCCCUGUUCCUCCAGGAUGUGUCCACGGAGCUGGCCGAGUUCUUCCUGGAGGAGGUGACACCGGCCCAGGGGGGUAGGUACCACUGCUGCUACCGCAAGACAGACUGGGGGCUGGAUGUCUGGUCCCAGUCCAGCGACAUCCUGGAACUGCUGGUCACAGACCAGCUGCCACGGCCAUCCCUGGUAGCGCUGCCGGGGCCGGUGGUGGUGCGCGGGGCCAACGUGAGCCUUCGCUGCGCGGGACAAGUAUCCGGCAUGAGCUUCGCGCUGUACCGCGUGGGCGUGGCAGCCCCACUGCAGUACCGCGACUCGAAGCAGCCCUGGGCUGACUUCCUGCUGCCCGGCGACCUGGCCCCGGGUACCUACAGCUGCUACUACCACACGCCCUCCGCCCCCUACGUUCUGUCACAGCGCAGCCAACCGCUGGUCAUCAGUUUAGAGGAGUCUGUCCCUCUGGACUAUACCCAGGGGAACCUCAUCCGUUUGGGGCUGGCCAGCCUGGUCCUCAUCUUACUGGGUGCCCUGGUUGCUUUUGACUGGCGCAGAAGGAAUGGUACCCUUGGUGACAUCCUGCCCCCCGGAAACUGGAUGUAGACACCAGUGACGUGAUGGAACUUCCUAGAGAAAGGUGGAGCAACUAAGAUUCCUGGGGUGAGCUAGGCUCACCCUAGCUCAACCAUACUUCACCUGUUUGAGCUGUGGCUUCCUUCUGGAUCUUUUCCAAGACCUUGCAGUGGAGUGGACGGUGCUGUCAGUGGUUAAUGCUUCCAAACCAGAAGAUGAUUUCAAAUCCUAAUGCUGGCGCUCACUCACUGGGACAUUCUGAAAGUGACCUUCUAGAAGUGUCAGUUUCUUUCAUUGUAAAAUGGGCACACUGGCAAUACCACAUCACCAGGCUGGUGGAGUGGCUCAAGUGGCAGAGCGCCAGCCUAACAACUUAUACUACCACAUCAUAGGAUGAUUGUAGGAUUAAGCGGAUAAAAUAGAAAAGGUGUUAAAAAAAAGUGACUGUCCAGAAGUAAAUGCUCAAUAAAUGGUAGCUACUGUACCCCAGCAAUUUCUACCAGACACACAGGAAAUGAAUGAAAUUUUC